CCCUGCUGGGUAUUGCUUCCGGCAGCUAACUGCUGCCUCGUGGGCUGCCAGGGACAGGCAUCAGGGGUCUUUGUCUGACCAGGCUGGGCUUAGUCAAAAUGGGGUUUCUGGCAGUGCUGUUGGGGGUGCUGAGCUUCCUAGCUGUGGCUCCAGGGGGCUGUGCUGCCUACUACUGGGCAAGCACCUCCUGCUACUACUGGACCAAGCAUGUCCCUGGCAGCCCUCUGGGGUCUUUGAGCUUCCUCGGCAAGGAUGCCCAGGGUCUGGCUCUGUUCCAUGCUCACUGGGAUGCUCAGGGAAGGCUGCAGGUAUGCAGCAGGCAGGAUGAGCCGGAACUCAUUGAAGUCUUCAGUGACCUCUGUGCUCAUGAGCCCACCCGCGGCUUCUUUAUCCACACGCCAGGAUCAGAGCUGCUGAGAGCACUGGCCAGCCUUUACAGUCAGUGGGAGACCUGCCAAGGGCCCUCAGGGCCCAGGGUGAAGCGGGCAGCAGAGCAGAGUGGAGCACCAGGCAGAAGACACCUGCGGACGAAGAGAGGAUGGACCAUCCCUGGCACGCUGUGGUGUGGAGUGGGGGACUCUGCUGGGAACUCCUCACAGCUGGUACCGGGAAUCGAACUCACGACCUCGCGCUUGCCAGGGAUCUUCCAGGGGCCUGAUCUCUGCUGCCGGGAACACGACCACUGCCCACACAACAUCUCACCUUUGCAGUACAAUUAUGGCAUUAGAAACUUUCGAUUCCACACCAUCUCCCAUUGCGACUGUGAUGCCAGGUUCCAGGAGUGCCUGAGGAACCAGCACGACUCCAUCUCGGACAUCGUGGGUGUGGCCUUCUUCAACGUGCUGGAGAUCCCCUGCUUUGUGCUGAAGGAGCAGGAGGCGUGUGUGCAGUGGUACUGGUGGGGCGGGUGCAAAAUGCAUGGUUCAGUGCCCCUUGCCCACCUCCAGCCCAGGGCCUUUUACAAUGCUUCUUGGAACUCCCGGGCCACCUCCCUGCCUCCCAGGCCCCAGAGCCCAGCCCCCACCAAACCACAAUGGACGCAGCACCCUCAGAAGAGGCGGUCACAGCAGAAAGGUUCUAGGCAGCCCAGCACAGCCAAUGCCACAGUCUCUGAGGCCCCUGUGGGCUCCUCCAGACCUGAUGUGACCCUUACAGCCCAGCUGGUGGUCCUUCAUCCAGCCCUCCAUGGUCUACAGAGUGGCCCCAAGUCUCAGAGCACCCGCUGGGCCUGCAGCAGCUUCCGCCUCCUGGACCAAUGUGAGCACCAGAUCAGGCCCCAGGAAACCAAGUUCCAGCUGCUGAACAGUGCCGGCGAUCCGCUCUUCCACUGCAAUUGCACACGCCGCCUGGCACACUUCCUGAAGAGCCACAAACCACCUGCAGGUGCCAACAUGCUUUGGAAGCGGCUGGGCACCACCUGCUUCAAGCUGGUACCUCCACUGGACUGUGCUGAGGAUAAAGGCUGCUCCAGAGAACCCAGAGCCAUCAAGGUGUCAGCUCGGCACUUUUUGAAACUUCAGCAGACACAGCUCCAACGCCAGGAUAAAGGCACUGACAGGGGGCAGGCAUGGCCUUUGCAACCGCCCAUGUCAUUCUACAACCAGUGCCUACAGCUGACACAGGCAGCCUGGAGACCCAAAGGGCAACAAAAGUUCCAGAGUUAGUGACCUCAGUUCCAGCUUUCCUAGGCACCAGCUUGCACCUCGUCCCUGGCUUCCUGGGAAUCUUGGCUUCCUCUUCAUAAGUUCAACUGCAGCAUGGCAGAGGCUGUUAAGGACAGCCAGAAGGCCCAAAUGCUGGACCACAUUUCCUGCUGUGCUGGAUGACCUUGAGCUGGUGACACAACCUCUCUGUGCCUGGAUAUGGUGUUCAAAAGGCUCGCUCUGAUGAGCAUGGGCAUUGUCUGGGAACUUUACACACAGAGGGAGAAGGGGAGAGAGUAACUUACUGCAGCAGUAGCAGCAGGUUCCGGGGACAGGUACAGGUAUUUCCACGUUGCAACGUUAAUGCAUAGCUCAAGAACCUACUCAGGGGAGCCCCAGAACCCAGCUAUGAGACCUGGGGCAGCAGGUAGGAAAUUAGGGAUGUCACAGAAAUGCCUGCAUCUGAAUCCGGGAUGGGGGUCCUGGAAAGGCCUUUCCAACUCUGCUUUUCCCAAGGAGGCUCUUUCUUUUAAUAGCUGCAAUGUCUUUCCUAACCCACACCUGGACCACUCUGCUCUAAACCUGUAUUCAAAUCUCCUCCAUGCCCUUGGGAAGGGACCUCCCUCUCCCUCCUCUGAGCCUUGGUUCCCUCAUCUGAAAAAGGGGUUGUAAACAUGAGCUACCUCAUAGUGUUGUUGAAGAUUAAGUGAACAAAUUAUAUACAUAUAUAUGUGUGUGUAUAUAUAUAUAUAGCUUAACGCUCAGUAAACAUUUUCCCUCUUCGGCACACAGCCAAACUGUCUGAUCUUGAGAGGCUGGCGUAACCUCUUAGAGGCCUCAGUUUGCUCAUUUGUAAAAUGUUUCUAGGAAUGGCACUGAGCCCACAGGGCUGUGGUACAGAUGAGAGAUGGCAGAUAUCCUGUGUAUAACUGGAGCCUGGUAGAUAUCAGU